AUGUCAAUAACGCCACAAGCCCGUUUUCAUCAUUACAACGCCAAGGAUGAACGGACCGCUACGGCCAUUUCACAGGCGACACUACGUUUUCCAUCCCACAGCAAUCCGCACAACUGCCUGCUGGGCCGUCGUCGACCUUUCCACAACGUCCAGAAACACCUCAUUUUUCAGAUGUUGGCAGAGCUCAACUUGCUGCGCACAGACCAGGAGGGGAUAUUUUUCCCUUCUUUGGACCAUUUUGUUCAAGAAGUCUUUGAACAAUGCGAAAAGGCACUAGAACCACUAGAGGAGGAGGAAGUAACAAGAGACGACGAAUAUGUCAAAUGCAUUUGGAAGGCAAUCACUGCUUUUGGCUUCUUUGACCCUGACGUUCAACCACAAGAAUAA